AAGAGUUUACUGAUCUUCUACUUUCUACUAUUCUAAUUAUUAUGUUCAUUUAUAAUGUUUGUUUAAGAAAUAGAAUUUGGAAGGCUGUCGAUUGCUUAAUAAGAAAUAAAUCUGGAUGGGCUGCGUCGACUGGAGCGACAAAAUUGUGGUAUCGGCAAAAAUAGCCCACUUAAAGGCCCUGCAACUGAAGUUAUUUCCGGAUCGGGACCCUGGAUGGCACUAAUUAAGAAUAACGAUACUGACAAGCCAUAUUCUUGUCUACAACUUUAAAUUGAAAGCUAACUAUUGAAUUCACAUUUUUAUAUACAAAAUUCGUUUUAACCGUGUACUGCGUACGCUGAGAUGUAAAGAAUCUGUGACCUUGGGCGAUAACAAUCUAUUAAGUGAUGUGGAUUGUUUCAAAUCUAAGAAACAGAAUGGAGCCAAUCGAAAGGGUGAUUGUGCACGAAGAUUUUACAUUUAAUGAAAUGAAUGCAAAUGACAUAGCUCUACAAAAGCUCUUCAGAAAGGUUAAAAUUCAAGAUCACAUCAGUCCCAUCUGCUUGCCGGUGAAUGCAACCCUGCAACAACAAAUGGAAACUCUGCCGACGCUGCGACUUACUGGUUGGGGCUUUGACGAGCUACUGGAUACUUCUAUAAAAGGUCGGAUAAACUGUAUAGAAAAUUUUGCUCAUUUCGGACCUGUAGUAAUCGGUAGUUUGUGUAGCUUUAAGAAGCCCGUCUUCUGCUGAGUAUGUUUGGAAUUGUCAAUGCGGGCUUUAGAGACUGCGUUACGACUACUGCUGUAAAGGUUGCGAACUAUAUGCCAUGGAUAAGCUGCACAGUAAUCUCAAUAUGGUAUAUCGAUAUUCCCCAAGAGAGAAUUACAUUUUAUUUCAUAAUAUGUAAUCAAACGUAAAGAACGCUUAAAGAAUGCGUUUUUGCUGUUUAAUAUAAAUUUUGCAUAUAUAUAUAUAUUUGACUAUACACUAAGAAAAAGAAUUUGUCAUUUCGUUAUCUGUAUUUCUCAGAGUCGAUAUUUAUUCUAGUUUAUAAAGGUAUAUCAUUUUAAAAUCGGACAUAAUUUAACCGCGAUAUAGCAUUGGUCUUAAUGUCUGAACUACGCUGAAUUUGUACUUUUCUGCCAAAUCUGACGUAUUCCUGCCCCAACAAAAAAUAAAAACCAGCUCCCAGAUGAAGUAUAUUUGUAUUAUUGCUUAAGCAAACGCGUUCGUAACGCGAGCUGCAUUUGGCGUU